AUGUCUUCUAUCGCACUUAUCUUCGGCGCAGGCUCCAACGUCGGAAACAGCGUCGCCAAAGGCUUCCUCGCAAAGGGAUACAAAGUCGCUCUUGCAUCCCGAUCUCAAGACCCAAAGACGUCAACAGAAACUGAGCUUCAUAUUCCCACAGACUGUAGCGACACUAGUUCAGUACUAGAGGCCUUUGCUAAGACGAAAGGUGCCUUCGGUAUCCCCAACGUGGUCGUGUACAACACCUACGCUGGACAAUGGAACAGCGCGGAGAAUAUCUUCGAAGUUUCUCUAGACCAUUUCCAGAGUAGUACCGCCGUCAAUAUCACAAGCGUCUACGCAGCAGCCCAAGAAGCAGUGAAAGGCUGGACGGAACUUCCUCAGUCAAGCAAGAAUACUUUCAUCCUGACAGGCAACGCCUCGAACGUCACUCCUCUUCCAGUGAUGAUGACGUUGACUGUAGGCAAGUCAGGCUCAGCUAGUCUUAUGGAAAUGGCUGCCCAGAGCUACAAAGACAAAGGUUACAGAUUCUAUUAUACUGAUGAGAGGCUCGAGGAUGGGACGCCGAUGUGGAAUGGUACUACCGCAGAGGCGCAUGCUGAGCUAUAUGUUGACUUGGCUGAGACGGAGGAGCAGAGGGAGUGGUAUCAGACUUUUGUCUCCGGAAUUGGAUACAAGAAGUUGCCUGCGCCCAAGAUCGACUGA